GUGGCAUCUUUAAUUAAGAAAAAUCAAAAAAACAUUACAAGUGCUAAACAUGAGAAAAAUCAAAUUAAAGCACACAGUUCCAAAUUAUAAUCAGGCAUCCAAAUCCAAUGUCUUGCUUCCAAUAGAAUUUCAAUUAUUACAACAACUGUUUGAACUUCAACUGCCAUUUUUGCAUAUUCAUAACUUUUCUUGAAGUGAAGGCCAUGCUUGUUAGGAGGCAGUUUCUAUGUUUUAUUAUUGCUCUCAGUUGCUUUGAGUGGCUGAGAUUUUGUGGGGCUAUGCUGGUUCAACAAGAAGUUGAUGCUCUUGAGGAAAUUACAAGGACAAUGGGAUCAACGUACUGGAAGUUUGAUGCAGAUUCGUGUGAAGUUGAAAUGGUUGGAGUAACACUAGUGCCACCAAGGGGUGCAGAGCACAACAUAGAUUGCCAAUGCAACAAUGAGAGCGAAACUGAUUGUCAUGUCGUAAGGAUAGUGCUCAAGGGUUACAAUCUUGCUGGGAUUCUUCCUCCUCAACUUGUUAAACUUCCUUACCUCCAACAAAUUGAUUUUGCUUACAACUUCCUUAAUGGUUCUAUACCGCGUGAAUGGGCUUCAUUGCAAUUGACUUACAUCUCUCUUCUUGUAAACCGCUUGUCAGGGGAAAUUCCAAAGGAAUUGGGAAAUAUUACCACUCUCACAUAUCUGUCCGUUGAAGCGAACCAAAUUUCUGGUGUAAUACCAUCUGAACUCGGGAAAUUAGUCAACCUGCAAACCUUGAUGCUGUCCUCUAAUCAAUUCUCCGGAAACUUGCCAACAUCCUUUGCUAGGCUCCGUAAUCUAACAGAUCUGAGGUUAGAUGACAAUAAGUUCACAGGAGUAAUUCCCAACUUCAUGCAGAAUUGGAAGAAGCUUACGAGACUACAACUGCAUGGAAGUGGACUGGAGGGCCCCAUUCCUUCAAGUAUUUCUCUUUUGACUAAUUUAGUUGAGCUGAGAAUUAGUGACAUUAAAGGAUCAAGCCAAGGUUUUCCUCAGCUGAGCAACGUGACAGGCUUAUUGAGAUUGAUUUUGAGGAGCUGUAACAUUUCCGGGGAGCUUCCUGCCUAUAUUUGGACGAUGAAGACUCUUGAAGUGUUGGAUGUCAGUUUCAACAAGUUAGUUGGAAGAAUUCCUGAUACCAUAAGUGCAGAACGUCUGCGAUUUAUCUUUUUAACUGGAAAUAUGCUGACUGGAGAAGUGCCUGAUUCAAUCUUGCAAGGAGGAAGUACUAUUGAUCUUUCAUACAACUACUUUAAUUUUCAGGGCCCAGAGCAACUUGCUUGUCGAGAAAACAUGAAUCUGAACUUAAACCUAUACCGAAGCUCAUCAAUGGUGAACAACUCGCAACUGCUUCCUUGUGUGAAGACUUUCAAAUGUCCUCAUUAUUCAAGUUGUUUACAUGUUAACUGCGGAGGAAAAGACACUAUCGUCAAGGAAAACAGAACAUCCAUAUUAUAUAAAGGAGAUGCAGCAGUUGAGGGUGGUGCAGCAAAAUAUUUUGUAAAUGAGAAAGACUAUUGGGGAUUUAGUAGCACUGGUGACUUCAUGGACGAUAACGAUCACCAAAAUACUCGUUACGCUGUGUCUUUGCAUUCAUCAAAUGUUUCUGAAUUGUACUCAACUGCUCGUAAAUCUCCACUUGCUCUUACAUAUUUCCAUAAUUGCUUAAAAAAUGGGAAGUACAUGGUGAAACUCCACUUUGCGGAGAUACAAUUCACUAAUGACAAAACUUAUAGCAGUUUGGGAAGGCGCGUAUUUGAUAUUUUUGUUCAACAAAAAUUAGUAUGGAAGGAUUUCAACAUUGAAGAUAAGGUUGGCAGUGCUGAAAUGCCUGUAGUGAUACAAUUUUCAGAUGUAAACGUGACUAAUAAUAUGUUGGAGAUCCGUUUCUAUUUCGCUGGCAAAGGGACAACGAGAAUUCCUGAUAGAGGGGUUUAUGGUCCCAUAAUAUCAGCCAUCUCUGUAGCAUCUGAUUUGAGGCUGUGUUCAAUUGAUAAAAAGAAGGGCAAUGCUUUUGUUAUUGUCGGUGUUGUUGGAGCAUCGUGCCUUCUUCUCGUUGUUCUGGGAAUUCUCUGGUGGAGAGGAUAUUUACCAACAAAACGUGGAAAAGGAAAAGAUACUGAAGGAUUGCCAACAGGGACCUUUCCCUUGAAAAAAAUCAGAGCCUCUACUAAUGACUUUGAUCCUUCUAACAAGAUUGGUGAAGGUGGUUUUGGUCCUGUAUUCAAGGGUCUUUUAUCUGAUGGGACUGUGAUAGCUGUGAAGCAACUUUCUUCGAAAUCAAGGCAAGGAAACCGCGAGUUUUUGAAUGAGAUAGGCAUGAUUUCAUGUUUGCAACACCCAAAUCUCGUCAAGCUGCUUGGAUUUUGUGUAGAAAAUGACCAAUUAUUGCUGGUAUAUGAAUACAUGGAAAAUAAUAGUCUAGCCCGUGCUUUAUUUGAUGAAAAGAGUCAGCUUAAACUCGACUGGUCUACAAGGCUUAAAAUCUGUAUUGGGAUAGCCAAGGGUCUUGCUUUUCUCCAUGAAGAAUCAAGACUUAAGAUAGUUCACAGAGAUAUCAAAGCUACUAAUGUGCUUCUUGAUAAGGACCUGAACCCUAAAAUAUCGGAUUUUGGUUUGGCUAGGCUUGAUGAAGGAGAUAAUACCCACGUUAGCACCCGAGUUGCAGGAACUGUAGGGUACAUGGCACCAGAAUAUGCACUAUGGGGUCACCUGAGCUAUAAAGCGGAUGUUUACAGUUUCGGAGUUGUGGUUCUGGAAACUGUUAGCGGGAAGAACAACUUUAAUUUUAUGCCAAACGACGAUUGUGUUUGCCUCUUAGAUUGGGCCUGUCAUUUGCAACAAAGAGGGAAUCUGAUGGAGCUUGUUGAAGAACCGUUAAGGUCCGAGGUUGACAAGGAAGAAGUGGAAAGAUUAGUGAAAGUAGGUCUGUUGUGCACAAGCGCAACCCCUGCUCUUAGACCUACCAUGUCCGAGACAGUGAACAUGCUCGAAGGUCGAACUGAUGUUCCUGACACGGUCUCGGAAUCAAGUAGUUACUCUGAAGAUUUGAGGUUUAAGGCCAUGAGAGACCUCAGGCAGCACUCUCAAAGUCAAAGCAUGAGCGGGAGUCAAACCCGAAACUCUACCACAGCGCCUAUGUUUGGCUCGUCCUCUACGUCGGAGCAUGACUGACUUCAAUGAGAUCAAAAUCCUAAGGCUGAAGGACCAUUGCCUUCAAGAAAAUGUAAAUCAUUUAUGUACCAAUUUGUCAUUUUUGAUUUUCUUUUCACUGUAAACUUAUGUAUCUAUCCCUAUGAUUCUACUAAUGUGUAAUAUGUAGAUAUUUGUAAACAAUUUGUACAAUUUUGUAUGUAAGUUAUUCUCAUUUGUAAUGUACCAUUUUUACUA